UCCGACUUCUCAGCCUUCAGCGGGUACGGCUUCAUUCGCAGCUACGGCGUCGACUGCAACCAAGUCCCCCUCAUCCUCAGCGCCGUCCAGUCCAAAGGCAUGAAGAUGUUCGCGGGCAUCUACGACAUCGACCAAGUCGAAGCCGAGACGCAAGAGCUCAUCAGCGCCGCUCAGAACAACUGGGAUUCCAUCUACGCCGUCACAGUGGGCAACGAAGCCGUGAACGAUGGCGUCGCUACCGUGGCGCAAGUCGUCGCAGCCGUCAACCAAGCCCGCACCAUGCUGCGAGCCGCAGGCUACACCGGCCCCGUCGUCACAGUCGACACCUCCGCCCAAGUCAUCUCCAACCCAGCGCUCUGCCAAGCCUCCGACUUCGCGGCCGCCAACUGCCACGCCUUCUUCAACGCCGAUCUCACCCCUGACCAGGCCGGGCCGUGGGUACUCGAGCAGGCGCAGCGCAUCUCAGAAGCCUGUGGCGGCAAGAACACCAUGAUCACCGAGUCCGGCUGGCCGAACCAAGGCGAGUCCAACGGUAUGGCUGUUCCUAGCGAGGCCAAUCAAGCGACUGCCAUUGCAUCGCUGAGGUCUUCCUUUUCGAACAAUAUCGUGCUCUUCAGCGCUUUCAACGACCUCUGGGAGACCAACACUGCGGCUACGUUUGGCACGAAUCAAUUCUGGGGAAUCUAUGGAAACGCGCCGGCCUGA